GAUGGAGGGGGGGGUUGAACGAUCGAGGGAGCAGCAGUCGUUCAGGGAGCGCGCGUGAGGGAGGGAGGAAAAGACGCGAGAGGAAGAGGAGAGAGAGAGUGAAAAGAGAGAGAGAGGAGGAGGAGGGGGACCCUGCGUGGAGAGUGCGUUGGCAGAGUGUGCCUUCUCUUUUUCCAGCAGCGGGAGAAAUGCGCGUAACGCGCCGCGCAGAGCGCUGAUCAGCAUCCGCGCGCCGUGCGCACUCCAAGAGCGAGAGUCGCCGCGGGGGCGCAGCGGAGCGGAGCGGAGCUCGCACACUCCUGAAGGGGGGAGAGGGAAAAGAAGAUGCCAACCGUUCCGCCAGUGACUGGGAGUUAAUCUGCCACUUGGAGCGACUCUGGCGCACCAAAGCGCGCGCGCGCGCAUACCUGCUCCUGAUUUUUUUUUAUUAUUUUUUGGGAUUCAUUCUGCGGGAUCGGAGUUUUCCGUGCUUGAAACUGGACUAUCAGCUGAGCGAUGAAUGAAAAGGCUUACAGGGACGGAGUCCGUGCGCGUGUGUGAGCCUGAGGUGCGUGGAGAGUCUCCGUGUCGGGAAAAAUAACCCCCCCUCCCCAAAAAAAGCCCUCAUCCUUCCUCCCUAUAGCCGAGGAUGCAGCUGCUCAGAGUUGCGUGGGCUCUAACCGGAGCGGCGAUCUGCUGCUUCCUCAUCCUGCUCAUCCACUCCCGUCUCCUCCAAGAAGGCCAGCUGGCAGCGGGGACAUGCGAGAUUGUGACGUUGGACAGGGACAGCAGCCAACCACGGAGAACCAUCGCCAGGCAGACGGCCCGCUGCGCUUGUAAGAAGGGCCAGAUCGCUGGGACUACGAGAGCCAGGCCCGCCUGCGUGGAUGCUGGCAUUGUUCGGAAGAAGCAGUGGUGUGAGAUGGUGCCGUGUUUGGAGGACGAGGGCUGUGACCUGUUAGUCAAUAAAUCUGGAUGGACUUGUACACAGCCUGGAGGUCGAGUCAAAACCACUACGGCUCUAUGACGCGACAAGAGUCCCCCUCAACAUUCUUGCACUGUGGAGAGCAUUGAUGACCCCUUGACAGACAGCCAAAACCCACCUACCAACACCACCACCAUCACAGCAGCUCCAUCAACACCCCCUGGUGCCACAAAGACACGAAGAAACACAAGCAGCUUACCGACACCAAACGCUUCAUGGAAGCAGCAAGGUUUCGUAACAGUCGGGAAUGGGAAUACCUGGGAGUCGACUGUCUGAUGGCUGCAAACCCAUCCAUGGAUCGUGGACAAACUGGCUACGAAACACUUCUCCUCCCGCGGGGCCGGCCUGUCCGCAUUUCUGACCUCCCCCUCCGCCGCUGUCUGUCGCUGGGUCAACCUAUCCACCUCCUCGCCACUGCAUUUGCCUGCUCUGUGAAAAUUAGCAGCAACCUGCUCACGCCACGGAGGGUUGGACUCCUUACAGUCCCGUGAAUGGUUUUUUUGCCAUUGGAAGCCCACUUCUGCGAGCUGCUAGCCACAUCAAACUUACCGGAGUCCCCACAUCUCUUUGGUGCAGGAGUUUGGAGAACGUAGAUGGGAUCUCUGUCGCUUCUUGGACCGUCUGGUUAAGGCCAUUAGGAAGUGAAUGCUCUAUGCUGUGAAUAGGCCUUCUGCUGGAGUAAACCACCCAUAUUUUUAUAGACCAAAGAACAAAACUGGAGAGAAGCAUCAGGCACCGACCACUUUCCCCACGGAGGGUUGGUGCACAAGUGGACCGAUGCAAACUUUUUCCAACCGGUGGCAGACUAAAUGUACACAGACAGUGGAGUACUUUCAAAACUGUUCGGAUAUUUUCCUUUAUGGUUUUUUUUGUUUUUUUUUUCCUUUCAGACUAAGUCCACCUCUGUAUUUUGGAACUGGAAAUAUACAUACUACAUACAUAUUACUGUGUAUCGAAAAAAAGAAAUCCGAUUUGCAUUUUUAAGUAGGUCUGAACAGUUUGCUGGAGGAACUGUCGGGUAGACGGCGAAGGAAAAGAGGGCAAAUCGCAACAGACGGGAACGUCACCUACAGAGAGUAUAGUUGAAAAAAGGGACGGGAAAGAGAAAUGUCACUAAAUGUAUUUUGAGAGGCCCUAAAAAGUUAUAUAUUUAACAGUUUUAUAUGUUGUACCUUUGUAGAGAAGCUUACUGGACUAUAAUGUGGUCACAAUGGCAGUUUAAUAGGAUGUGAACAAAUGCUGUCGUCCUCAUUACUGCUGGCUCGUAGUCUCCGGUUUUCUGUUCACACCUCGGUAGCUGCUUUCUUUUCAUGGUCAUCUUCGAGUCGAUCAAAACCAUUUAUGGGAUAAAAAGAAAAAACAAAAAAAAAACAAAAAAAAAGGGAAAGACGCAAUUUUAUCGAGGACUGAUCUGCAGUCAACUGAACAUUGUAAAUCUAUGGUAGUCAGUGGAAGCCAUUGAAAUCUGCUAAUUUGCUAUGAUAUUGUAUUGUACACGGUGUGGAAUACUGAACCAUUUCCUCUCUAUGG